AUGUAUGUCACUUUUGAUGAAGCUUUGGAUACUUCGUUUGGUAAUCUAGAAAGCCCGAAUUAUGACUCCAAGGCAGGUGAUCCUAACAUGGUGCCAACACCUCCUAUGGACUCAGAUUCCGCAGCCAUUAGUCUGGCAUUCCUAAUAAGUCUUUCAAUUACAUUUGCAAUAUUGAUGCUCAUCUUGGUAGUAAUAGCUGCAUAUGUUACCUUUUGUGGUGAUGAUGAAUCUGAAUACGACGAAGAGAAUACCCUAGGUACACGAACUUCAGGAACUUUACAUUCUUUGUUUGGUAAAAAACAUAGUGGUAUCUUGUUGGAUUCCAGCUUUGCAUCCCCUGGUGGAUUUGACGAUGAAAUUGCCCUUCAAGAAAGAGAACUUGAAGAGUUACCAAAGAUGUCAGCGUAUGAGGUUGAGUUGUAUAUAAGAGCGAAAGAGUUUCAAACGAUGAGCCCGCCAAUGGUAAAGGAAUUUGGCUCGUAUUUGGAUAAUGAUGAUCAACAGUUUAUCAAAGAUCGUGGAAUUCAAAGUUACUUUUUGUUACCCAGUAUUAAUGAUAAUAUAGAUGAGUACGGGAAUUUUUUACCUAGUUUUAUCGUUCAAGACAAACUAGAUAUACAAUUUUCAAAAUUCAAUAAGAGCUCAUCCACUGUAAUGAACUAUCCCCUACCUCAUAAUAGGAAAGAUGCAGUAUAUUUCGAAGUUAAAAUAUUCAGACAUAUUCAAAAAUCCAAUAGUAUAUUCAGUAUAGGUUUGACAACCGUACCAUAUCCCUAUUUCAGGGUACCAGGUAUGGCUAAAUAUUCCAUUGCUUACGAAUCUACUGGUAAGCUAAGAAUAAAUAACCCUUUUACUGCCAGCACAUUAUUACCAAAGUUGGAAGAAGGUGAUAUAGUGGGGUUUGGUUACAGAUAUAAGACGGGUACAAUCUUCAUUACACAUAAUGGGAAAAAAUUGAUGGAUGUAACACAGAAUAUUGGUAUCGAUCUUUUCAUUGGAAUUGGCGCGUUUAACGCCGCUUAUACAAGAACAUAUACGAGGGAUGGACUGUUGGAAGACUCAGAUAAUGUUAGUUUCCGUGAGGCCCUAUCAGAAGGUAAGGACAUUUCAGUCGCCAAAGAUCUUCAAAGAGUUCACGAUCCACAUGAUGAAAGUGAUGAAAUGACGUCCGAUGAGGUUGAAUUACACGUUAAUUUAGGUCAAGUUGGAUUCGUCUUUAUAGAAGCCAAUGUGAAAAAAUAUGCGUUUGGAAGUGUUUAUGGCCAAAUUGGGAUUCCUCCGGCGUACAAUGGAACUGAGAUUAACAAGGACACUAUUCUACAGAAGGGAGAAGAACUGCCACCAAAAUAUGCCGAUACUGACAAUUUUUUCGGUAGCAUGAAAGUGAAGGAAGGUUCUUCUUCUGGAAAAGUAGGGCAAGCAAGUGGGCCCCUACGAUCGAUUGGGGCAUAUGAGAGAAUCUCUUCUAAUUUUGACAGAGAAAAUAAUUUCUACGAUGACAACCCUGAAACCAGCAAUAAUAACGUCAACAAUAAUGACGAAAAUGCUGAUUUUGGUGAAACAUCACCAUUACUGGAAAAUGAUAAUAAUAAAAUAUUCACAGAUUCUAAUACCCCCCAUGAAAUUUCUGGUGAAGCUCUAAAUAAGAGCUCUAAAAACAAAUCUAGCAAAAAACAUCAAAAAAAUAGAGGUAAAGCUUCCAAAAGGAAAAAGAGAUCGAGAAGAUAG